AUGUCCGCACCGAGCGACCGCCCGUCCGUCGACUCGCUCCCACCAGAGGCGCUCCAGCUCGCCACCAAGCUCUUCGACCUCGCGCGCGCCGGCUCGACGCCCGAGCUCAUCCAAUACGUCUCCCACGGCAUCCCGCCCAACCUCACCAACCAGGCGGGCGACACGCUGCUCAUGCUGGCAGCGUACCACGGCCACGCGGACACGGUGCGCGAGCUGAUCGCGGCAGGCGCAGACGUCGACGCCGUCAACAACAAGGGCCAGGCACCCAUCGCGGGCGCAGUGUUCAAGAUGCACGACGAGGUGGUGCGCGCGCUCUGGGACGCCGGGGCGGACCCCAAGGCCGGCCACCCGAACGCGCUCGACUGCGCAAAGAUGUUCAAGCGCGAGGACCUGGCGACGCUGUUUUCGAGCAGGGGGUGA